AUUAAUCAUCGCCACGGUUUCAAAAUGGCCCCCCAUAGAAACUACUCUGAUCGACAUUUCAGCAAUUAUAGUAAUUAUUCAUCUUCCUCUCAUCGUAGAACUUUAAAAUUAACAGAAAAAUAUAUAGUCCUUUUAAUAUUUGGUGUGUUCUGUAUUGUUUGUUUUGGCACUAUUAUAUAUUUGCCUGAAAGCUCAGUUUCAACAAUUAGAGAUGCUAUAGAUCAAGGGUUUCUACCUCAGCCAGGGAAUGAGUUGAGGGGUAAUAUCAUUAGGCAUGGUUUGGCCCACGAUCCACAUAAAGCAAACGACGUUAGAAAUAUUAAAGAGAGAAUUGAAGCAGACUUGAGAAGGAACGAAAUCUUUAAGAAGGUAGACAAUUUAACUGCUUUACAAAAACAGAUUGACAAGGAAAAACAGAAAAUAAUUGAAAAUUUGAAGAAGCGUAUAGAGGGACAAACUGCACAAGCUCCCAAGAUAGAGCACCCCGGUCAUCCACCAAUAACCCAAUCCAACGAUGAUCCUGAAAAUACGAGACGUAGAGAAAAAAUUAAAGAAAUGAUGAAGUUUGGUUGGGAUUCAUAUGCAAAAUAUUCUUGGGGAGCAAACGAACUAAGACCAAUUUCAAGACGAGGCCAUUCGGCGAAUAUAUUCGGCAAUACAUUACUUGGCGUUACCAUAAUUGAUGCUCUAGAUACUCUUUGGUUGAUGGGAAUGAAAGAUGAGUUUAAUAAAGGGAGAAACUGGGUUGCUGAAAAUCUCGAUUUCGGAAACACAAGAUCAGAUAUGUCGCUCUUUGAAGCAAACAUUAGAUUUGUAGGGGGGCUAUUAGCUUGUUAUGGCUUUACAGGAGAUUCUCUAUUUAAGGAAAAAGCUGUACAACUUGCUGAUAAACUAUUGCCUGCAUUUAAUACCCAAACAGGAAUACCUUAUGGUAUUAUAAACUUAAAAACUGGUGUUGGAAGAAAUUGGGGCUGGGCGUCAGGAGGUUCAUCUAUACUUGCUGAAUUUGGAUCUCUAUCUUUAGAGUUUACUUAUUUAAGUCGCAUAACUUCGAAUCCUAUUUAUGCGCAGAAAAUUGACAAAAUAAAUGCAGCUAUUAAAAGCGCAGGGACAGUGGACAAUGGUCUUUACCCCAACUAUCUGAAUCCUAGAUCGGGCUCUUGGGGACAGAGGCAUGUCUCCAUUGGAGCGCUGGGUGAUUCAUUCUACGAAUAUCUAUUGAAAGCUUGGAUAUUUAGCAAAAAAACCAAAUCUGAAUUACGAACUUUGUAUGACAAUGCUAUCAAGGCAAUGGAAGAAAAACUACUUCAAACAUCUUCAGGCGGUCUAAAGUAUUUUGCCGAAUAUAAAUCUGGGAGACUAGAACAUAAAAUGGAUCAUUUAGCGUGUUUCUGCGGGGGAAUGCUGGCAUUAGGCGCCGAAGGCUCCUCUAAUAAACAAUAUUACUUGAAUUUAGGAGCCGAAAUAGCAAAAACUUGUCACGAAAGUUAUGAUCGGACACCAACGAAAUUAGGGCCUGAAUCGUUUCGUUUUUCUGGUAGUGCAGAAGCAACUGCAGUGAGAGCAAAUGAAAAGUACUAUAUUUUGCGGCCAGAAGUUAUUGAAACGUACUUCUACAUGUGGAGAUUAACCAAAGAUCCAAAAUACAGAGAGUGGGGAUGGGAGGCAGCUCAAGCCAUCGAAAAGCAUUGUAGGACAGCUUCCGGUUUUUCAGGAAUUAAAGACGUUUAUCAAAUUCACCCACAACAAGAUGACGUUCAGCAGAGUUUUGUGUUUGCUGAGACCUUCAAAUAUUUAUAUUUAUUAUUCUCAGAUGACUCUGUAGUACCAUUAGACAAAUACGUUUUCAAUACGGAAGCUCAUCCAUUGCCUAUUGAAAGUUAA